AUGCCUAUUUCUGAGUCAACGGCGUCUCGGAUGGAUGAGGCGUUGGAGGUACUGGGGUCAGUCCCACUGAUUGAUGGGCAUAAUGAUUGGCCUCAUCUCAUUCGUGGAUUUUACGACAAUCGGCUAGACGAGCGCUUUGAUCUGGAUAAGAACCUUGUAGGCCAUGUAGAUAUGAAUCGACUACUUCAAGGAAAGUCUGGGGGGGCCUUUUGGAGCGUAUACGUCGACUGUCCAGAGUCAGAUGACUUCAACGAUAAUGCAGCGCAUUUCGAGAUAAUCCGAGACACAAUGCAACAAAUAGAUCUCGUUCAUCGGCUGGUACGACUGUACAAGAAGCACAUGGGACUGGUCAGAAGAGCAUCCGAUAUUAUAGCCUUGCAUCGCGAAGGCAGGUUUGCUAGCCUUAUUGGGGUCGAAGGUUUGCACCAGAUUGGUAAUAGUCCAAGUAUUUUACGGCUCUACCAUAAGCUGGGUGUUCGGUAUGUGACACUGGCACACAACAAGAACAAUCUCUAUGCCGAUAGCGCAACUGCCACGAUUCCAGCACAUGAUGGACUGUCUGUCUAUGGGAGAAACAUGGUUCGGGAAAUGAACAGGAUAGGAAUGAUCAUCGAUCUCUCUCACACUAGCGAGGCCGUAAUGCGGCAGACCCUUGACCAGUCAGCGGCUCCGGUUAUCUUCUCUCACUCAUCAACAGCAUCUACAGUUCCACACGCUCGAAAUGUUCCCGACUCAAUCCUAGAGAAGCUCCAGCAAAAUAAUGGAGUGAUUAUGAUCUCUUUCAUACCUUCUCUAACGACUGUGGAUGGGGUAAGAGCGACACUUGAUCACAUAGUUGAUCACAUCAUGCACGUUGCUGAGUUAAUUGGAUAUGACCACAUUGGCCUAGGAUCUGAUUUUGAUGGCAUGUUCAGCGCUGUCAAGGGCAUCGAUGAUGUCACUCAAUAUCCGGCGCUGGUCUCCAGAUUACUUGAGCGAGGGAUUAAUCGGAUAAAUGUGCAAAAAAUCCUUGGGCUGAAUAUUAUCCGGGUGCUAGAGCAAGUUGAAAACGUAUCUGACUCUUUCCGAGACAAGCUACCAGUCAUGGGUGAGGAUAUUAAGCAGCUAUGGAAUGAUAAGUUCAGGGACACAGUCAGACAACAGUAUCCCGAAGCGGAGCAUGAUUUACCACGGACAGAAUUAACCAAGCAGAUGAAUUAAGAAGUUUUUCUUUUCUGUACUUCUUACUUACACAUUCCGUCGCCUCUACCCCACAGGACACUAUGUAGAUAGUCGUGAUGAAACCACAUUGUCCACAAAAGACAAUCAAAUGUCGUUAGAAACCAACGAGGAACCUCACCAUC